AUGGCGCCUGCCGGGGGAAUAUGGGCUCCUAUAGCCCUUAGAGUCCUCAAGCAUGCGUUCAAGAAGACUCAAAAUCUUGUGAAGGCAAGGCUUUCCAAGAUAUCUCAACCAUUACAACAAGAACUACAACCUAUCCUCCUACGAAAUGCACCACGUCAACCCAUAAACCGUGCAGCACUCCUGCGUCAAAGCAAAGGAAGAUGGUACACGACUCACAGUACCAUCAAUGCUUCGGUUCGUCGAUUCAUGAGCACUGGGGGACAAAAGGCUGCCUCAUACAACCGCGCCUCGUUUCCUUCAUCAGCCACUGCCACUGCUGUGGGUAGAUUGACCACUCGAGCUCCAUUCUCCUCGACGUUACGCCCAAAUCUCACUGGAGGUGCCUUUCCUCGGUCCGCGGGCGGCUAUAGUCUAGGAGGUGCUGGUGGGCGAACUGGAGCCCGAAAUUUCUCACACACACCAGCGGCACAAGCUCAGGUCGUAAACAAUGUGUCUUUAGCCGUCAGAGCCUUUUUUCUUUCUGGUCAGAAAGUCCAGUACGAUGGACAAAACAGGUUUGGCGAGAAGAGAUACCGAGCUGUGACGAAGCUGCAAAAAGAGGCGGGCCGCAAAAUGGAUUCGAUUCCACGACACACCCCAGGUUCUUACAUUGACUUCCAAGUGAGCCCAACCAUUACCGCUCUGACCACGCUCAGCGGAACGUUUGCGAAUAACACAUCCGUCGUUGCACCUCACCUGAACACAGAAGGGUUCCUAGAUGUCCUGUCGGUUGACUUCGCUAGGGCACUGAAAGAUUUUGCUGCCACCAUGAACGACUUGAAACGUCUUGCUACCCUCGGUGAUCUGGCAGUUACUCUUGAGCCCAACAACAUCCUGCGUGUCAGAUUCCCAGGCUGUGAUGCGGAAACCAUCGAGGACUUGUGUGACGAGGCAGGUGUUCAGCGAGGCAUUAUCCAUGAAGACAAAGAUUUCGAUGAUAGUGUAGGAGGAAAUGUCGCGCUGAUGUUCCCGUUCGCGUCUACAUCAGAACACACCCUGUCUUCGCCAGGCGGUUCGUUACGUUCCCAGACGGGCCUUGACUUCGAGGAUGUUGACGAAAUCAUCGAGGAAAAUCCUUGGCUCGAAGGCUACGAAAGCAUGGAUGGAUCCAGUGAUGGCGAGUCGGUCUACUUCAGUAAACCUAGUGAAAUCCAAACAAGCUCAUCUAAUUAUGAAGGUCUGGAAGGCAUCUACCGGUUUAUCGAGCAGUGCGACAAUGCACGCCAAAUACAAUAA